AUGCAGCGACACAAGCCACCCGUACCCCUCCUCCGCCCACGCGAGGUCGUGGUGGCGUGCGUGCCGCUCAAGUCCAACGUCAACGUCUCCGCCAUUGCGCGAACGUGCUCGUGUUUGCAGGUGCGACAGUUGGUCUGCUGUGGCACGGCCAAGCUGCUCAACAAGGUGGCGCGCGAUGCUGUGUUGCUUCAAGAUAGUGCGAAGGAUAACAAGAGCGGUGAUGCCGAGGGCAGUGCGAGCUCGGGAUCGUGGUUCAAGGUGGUGAACACGCUUCGACACCCACUCCUGCGCUUCAAGGAAGAGGGCUACGAGGUGGUGGGCCUUGAACAGACCGCAGCCUCGACGAGCCUCUACGACUUCCGGUUUGCCCGCAAGACGGUCCUCGUCAUCGGGAGCGAGAACAAGGGCAUCCCGCCCGACAUACUUGCCGUGUGUGAUCGAGUGGUCGAGAUACCACUCAACGGGCCGCCGCACAGCCUCAAUGUGGCCAGCGCGGCCGCCAUCGGCCUCUAUGAGUACUGCAGACAGCACCCAUCAUGA